CGGCAAUUGGACUGGUGACCGACAGUACAUGUUCCUAUUUGAGGAGCUUCAUCCUCGUCAUCGGUGUCUGUCGAGAAUCUAAGUGGGCAGAGGUGAGAGGUUCGUACAGGUUAUAUUACUAUCCAGGUAAAUGAUGCAAAGAAUCGUUGGUCAACAAUUACUGGUCAAGAUGCCCUUCAGCUUCUUGAUACUCUCAAUUGGGAUUGCUUAUCUGGUGACACUCACAAAUGCGCAGAAUGCUACCGUCGAUCUCGCCUCCGCACAGAUCCUGACUGAUCCUUUCCCUCAUUAUUACCCAAAUGAGGAUGCUCCAGCAACCGACAUCUUUCCCAUGCCAGCAUGCCAGGGCGUGACACUGGAAGAGGCCACCAUCGAUCAGCUGCAGGAGUACAUGGGCUCUGGCUCACUCACUGCCGUGGACUUGGUCAACUGCUAUUUCGCCCGCUACACCCAAGUCAACAACUACGUCAAUGGCAUCUUGCAGUGGAAUCCGGAUGCUCUGGCGAUUGCCCAGAUCCUCGACGCUGAGAGAGCCGCAGGUCGGGUCCGGGGUCCUUUACACGGGAUCCCAUUCCUCGUCAAAGACAAUAUUGCAACCAAGGACAAGAUGGACACGACGGCGGGAUCAUGGAUGCUGGUCGGCUCCAUUGUGCCUCGUGAUGCCUUUGUCGUCACUAAGCUGAGAAAUGCCGGUGCUUUGCUCUUGGGCCAUGCUACGCUUUCAGAAUGGGCCGACAUGAGGUCCAACAACUACUCCGAGGGAUACAGCCCACGAGGCGAUCAAGCUAGAAGCCCCUACAAUGCAACGGUGAACCCGGGCGGCAGCAGUUCAGGGUCCGCCGUCGCCGUCGCCGCAAAUCAAGCCAUGUUCUCACUAGGAACCGAGACCGACGGCUCUGUCAUCAAUCCCGCCGAACGCGCGUCCGUAUGUGGGAUCAAACCAUCCGUAGGCCUGACUUCCCGCGCCGGUGUGAUCCCCGAGUCCAUUCAUCAAGACACCGUCGGCACAUUUGGACGGACUGUACGCGAUGCCGUGUACGCUCUCGACGCCAUCUACGGCGUCGAUGAGAGGGAUAAUUACACUCUAGCCCAGAUUGGUCAUACUCCUGAAGGUGGAUACGCCCAGUUUUUGACCAAUAAAUCGGCCCUGAAUGGCGCUGUUUUUGGUCUCCCGUGGGAUAGCUUCUGGGCUUUGAAUGAACCUGGACAGAACGAUGAUCUCUUGGAACUCAUUGCAUUGAUCGAAAGUGCUGGUGCGACCGUUAUCAACGGGACCGAGUUGCCGGGUUAUGAGGACAUUGUAAGCCCCGAUGGCUGGGAUUGGGAUUAUGGUGGAACACGGGGCUAUCCCAAUGAAAGUGAAUACACGGUGGUCAAGGUCGACUUUUACAACAACAUCGAAGCAUAUCUAUCAGAGCUAACCAAUACUCCGAUCCGCACACUGGAGGAUAUUGUUGAAUACAACAUCGCGAAUCUAGGCAGCGAAGGAGGCCUACCAGGGAUUCACCCUGCGUUUGGUUCCGGUCAGGAUGGAUUCCUCGCGUCUCUGGAGAGUGGUGGAGUCAUGGACGAGACUUAUUUCCAGGCCUUGGAAUACACGCAACGGACGACACGUGAGGGGAUUGACGGGGCUUUGGGAGGCCGCGGCGGUGCUGUCAAAGUCGAUGCUUUGCUCGUUCCACCGGAUGUCGGCCAGACAUACCAGAUCGCUGCCCAGGCCCAGUAUCCCAUGGUGACUAUUCCGGCUGGCAUGGGUGGUGUCAGUGGUAUGCCCUUUGGUCUGGCCUUUAUGGGCUCCAUGUGGAGUGAACCCGAAUUGAUUCACUGGGCUAGUGCUGUCGAGGAUCUGCAGUUGACUUCCUCGACCCCUUGGAAGAGACAAAGGCCGACCUGGGGAGAUUAUCUGGCAAAGAACUUGCCUGUUCUCUGGGCUUGACCGCUGGAACGUGACACUCAUAUCUCAUUACACAGGUCUUUUAAAUAUACACAUAAUGGUUUGGAUGUGGCUCUGGGUUCUCGCUAUAUUCAAGGAAUCUAGUAAUCAAUAGAGGAACGUCGAUCCAAAACUAGUUACUCAC